GCCUCCAUGCGGGUAGUGUGCGGCUGUUUGCUCAGGCUAAAGCCUGCCGGGCUCUCGCGGAAAGUGGGAGAGAAGUGUAUCCGGAGCACAGGGCUCCACCCGGGUGUAGGGCGGAGUUCCAUCCGGGGACUGCGGUGGCUGUCAGGGAGCGGCUGAGCCUGAGCAAAGUCCGAGGAGAAGCGAGAGCCCGAACCGGCGGCAGCAACAGCAACACUGCUCCGUUCCCCCCUGCCGCCGCGUCCCCCCGGUCCGGCUCUAGCUCGUAGCAGGCUUCCUAAAAUUAUAAGCAAUGGAGGAAGAAGUAAGCCAAAUGCAACCUCUGAAUGAGAAGCAGGUGCAAAACUCAGAAGGUGGCUAUGUAUGGCAGGUCACUGAUAUGAACAGACUGCACCGUUUUUUGUGUUUUGGUUCAGAAGGUGGCACUUACUAUAUCGGGGAGAAGAAACUGGGCUUUGAAAAUACAGAAGCUCUAAUAAGAUUGAUUGAAGAUGGCAAAGGCUGUGAUGUGGUACAGGAAAUAAAGACGUUCAGCAUAGAAGGCAGGACAGCAAAACAGGAACCAUUGCUUUUUGCUCUAGCAGUUUGUUCGCAGUGCUCUGAUGCAAAAACUAAACAAGCGGCGUUUAAGGCUAUUUCUGAAGUGUGCCGCAUACCAACCCAUCUCUUUACUCUUAUCCAGUUUAAAAAGGAUCUGAAGGAGGGGAUGAAAUGUGGCAUGUGGGGUCGUGCCCUGAGAAAAGCUGUUGCAGACUGGUAUAAUGGGAAGAAUGGCAUGGCUCUUGCUCUAGCAGUUACAAAAUAUAAACAAAGGAAUGGCUGGUCUCAUAAAGACCUUCUGAGGUUGUCCCAUCUAAAACCUGCUAAUGAAGGAAUUGCUAUACUCACUAAAUAUAUCACCAAGGGAUGGAAGGAAGUUCAAGACACAUAUAAAGAGAAGGCACUUUCUGUUGAGACUGAAAAACUCUUAAAAUAUCUGGAAGCAGUGGAAAAAGUAAAACGCACAAAAGAUGAAUUGGAGGUUAUUCAUUUGAUUGAAGAGUAUAGUUUAGUUAGGGAGCAUCUCCCAACAAACCAUUUGAAAUCUAAAGAGGUAUGGAAAGCGUUGCUACAGGAAAUGCCCCUUACUGCAAUGUUGAGGAAUUUGGGAAAGAUGACAGCAAUUUCAGUACUAGAACCAGGAAGCCCAGAAGUGUCACUAGUAUGUGAAAGACUGAAAAAUGAGAAAAUGCUAAAAAAGGCUCGAAUACAUCCAUUCCACAUUUUGGUUGCAUUAGAGACCUAUAAAGGAGAACGUGGAAUCCGGGGCAAGCUUCAGUGGCGUCCUGAUGGGGAUAUUUUAGAGGCUCUUGAUGCUUCAUUUUACAAAACAUUCAAGGUGGUAGAACCAACAGGAAAGCGCUUCAUACUUGCAGUUGAUGUCAGUGGUUCCAUGUCACAGAAAGUUCUUGGUAGUGUGUUAGAUGCUAGUACAGUUGCUGCAGCAAUGUGUAUGGUUGUUGCACGUACUGAGAGAGAUUCCCAUAUUGUUGCCUUUUCACAUGAAAUUGUCCCCUGUCCAGUGACAGUAGACAUGACAUUACCUCAAGUAUUAGAGGAAAUGUCUACAAUUGAGAUGGGUGCCACUGAUUGUGCUCUCCCAAUGAUAUGGGCUGAAAAGACUAACACAGCUGCUGAUGUUUUCAUUGUUUUUACUGAUAAUGAGACAUACUUUGGAGAGAUUCACCCUGCAGUUGCUUUGAGGAAAUACAGAGAGAAGAUGAGCAUUCCAGCAAAACUGAUCGUUUGUGGAAUGACAUCAAAUGGUUUUACCAUCGCAGAUCCAGAUGAUACAGGCAUGUUGGACGUGUGUGGUUUUGAUGCAGGAGCUCUUGAAGUUAUUCGAAACUUCACCUUAGAUUUGAUAUAAUUCCUGGAUACUUACUAUUACCAGUGGGUCCAUUGCUGGCAAUAGACUUCACCCUGGGAACUACCAGCCAAGUGUACUGUACUAGAAGAUGGUACAUGAUUCAUGUAUAAGAAUGAUGUUGCCUUCUGAAACAGAAAUCAAAAAAAGCAUACAAGAAUUUUCUUUUUUUCUGUUGCAUAUAGGUUAAAAAUAACUACGUAAAGCCUGCUAAGACUAGCUACUGGGGUACAUGGUAUAUGAUUUAAUUACUUUAUAGUUUACCAGUACUAAGAUAUUUUUCUGUCCUUGUAGACUAUUUUUGUUUGUAAGAAUAAAUUGGUGAGACACUACUGGUAUUGGUGGGUUCAAGGAGGAAGGAAAAGUAGUUUGUUUUGAUGGCUCUUGUAAAGGCGUGUGUCUUAAUGAGGGUUUUUUCAUGUUUGUAUUUGAAAAGAUUAAGAUGCAACAUCUCUCUUCAAUUCUGCAAAAGAAAUAUUUUCAGAGCACAUUUGACCAUGUUACUGUGAUUGAGUACAAAAAUACUUGUCAAAUUUUAUAUGGACAAAGUAAAAGUGACAGUUUUGAUUUAUCUUUUCUAAAUAGAUUGUGAUUUUGAUCUUCUAGAAUUAAAUCUGUAACUUUCUGGUAAAUUGAAAGGCAGUGCUAUGGACUGCAAAGUUAGUUGACACUCUUGUAAAACUGGUAUGCUUUGCAGGAAAUAGUACAAACCCUUUGUAGUAGAGAAAAGGUCCCUGAAGUUGUUUAGGUUGCUCAUCCAAUGUGAAUGUGCUGAAGUUUCGGCAGUUUUUCAGUGACGAAGAUGGACAGAGACCCUGGAAUUGGUAUUACCCUAAAGUGUGAUCACAACAAUCGAAAAGAACUUCAUUGCAUGUUUUUCUUCCUCAUCCCCUCCCCACCAUGUGUUGAUGCUACAGAAAUAAUCAUCUUGAAUAGUGCUUUGCAUUAUUUAAAAGUGACCAUUUUUCUCUGAUAUUUACUGAUUAGAUCGACUCAAUCUAGCUUUUUAAUACGGUUUCAGUUCUUAUAGUGACCUAUUCUGAGACUUCUGCAUUAUAUAGCUGCCUUGUUCACAAUUCCAGUCUUACUUGUUUAGAAAUUUGAUUGCCAAUUGGAUUUUUAAACUUCCUUGUGAUAAGAAAUAUGUAAGGGAGAAAAUAACUAAGAAUGUCCCAAGUCUGUCUUAGAGGAGAAAUUAAUAAUGUGUGCAUAAAUGUAAUAAAAUGGUCUUUUUGAUGUCACAUGCUAAGAUACAUAGGGGUUUUAGUCAUACUUUUAUAUUUUUCCCCAAAUUGUGUGAUCAUGUUUUCUACUAAGGGUGAUUGUUUUAAAAGGUGAAUUUGUAUUUAAUCUGAAAAUGAUUGCAGGUUAUAAAAAUAAUUUAAUUAUAAUAAAUACUACAUCAAACUUUGUUGCUGUGCUACAAAACAUGCUCUUAAAUGUAAAACACGUUGCAAUUUAAAUAGUAAAUUAAAUUCAUGUUGCUUAACUCGUUUUCAUAAGUUUAAAGUAUAAAGAAAUCUGGGUUAAAAAUAGUGUUUUGCAGGGUGAACUAUCUUCCAUCUUAAGACAUUAUUUAACAUUUAUACCUACGUGCUCCAUGCGUAGUGCCUCAGUUUGUGAGAUUUCACUGAAGACAUCAUACCACCUAUUAACUUGCUCGGCAUGGGAUAAAUUGGGGGGGUGAGGAAACCCACUGGCACUAAUUUGUACAGGCCCGUUGCCCAAGCUAUUAUUAAAAUAAUGAUAUUUUGAAAAAUUGUCAGUAGAAACAGUAGCUUUCCGUCAAAGUGAAUGAGGUUUUGUAGAUUAUCAAUAAGUAAUGCCAUAAGCCUGAAAUACAAUUUAUAGAAUGCAGGACCACUGCUCAUUAGAUUACAUAUAACACCCCCCCAAAACAAACAAACAAAACAACUAACAAAAGAAACCCCCGCCGUUACCUACAUAGGUCAACAGUUGAAGUAACACUUCAGUCCAGUUCUUUUGCAAACAGUUCCCUAUUCUUUCUGUUCUCUCUUCCAAUUUGUGUCUCUGCCCUUCCUUUCUCCCACGAUAUUGUUUGGUUCUCUUUCUUCUUGGCUCCCAUUGCUGGUGUGAUCUCUAAUCUUUCUUCCCAUACAACUUCUUUGCACCAUCCAUCUCUUGCUUCUGUUCUCAUUCUAAUUAACAAAUUCUUAACCAGGCUGUUUUGCUGGGUAAUAAUUGGAACCAGACCACUCCUGUUAAGGCAAUGUUUUGUAUUAAAUAUUUGUAAAUAUUUCCCCCGUCUUUCUAUAGGAAAGUAAGUUCGCUCCGUGACCGCUGGACCAAUGAUAUAACAUGUUUAAAACAGAUAGUUGCACGUAAGCUUAAACAAGUAGAGAAACAAAUUAUGCUGCUUAGGUUUUCCAAAGAAGGAAAAAAAACAACAAACGUUUCUCAAAGUUAAAUUUAACAUUUACCUGCAUGCAGACUUACCAGGCUUUUGUUAGAAAGGUUUUUUUGAAAUUGGGUUGUGCAAAAAUGUCUAUUUAGUAGACACGUUGAGUUUGUAUAGUGUUUUAUAGUCUUUUUAUUGUUUGGUAUAAAGGGUUUUGAGUUGUUAUUUGCAUAAUUAAAUGAAUCAUCUGUCUAGGUAGUCAACUUUUGGUUUCUGGUUAAUGGAAUUAUUUUAGACAUAAAACAGGAAUAAUUUGAGCAAAGAUGAUGGUUUUUAAAUCUGUCAAAUGUUCUUUAAUUGAUGUAAAGCUUUAGUAUUUAUGCAGGAUUAUGCAAACUAUUUUCAAGGAAUUUAUAUAGAAAGAUGUGCAAAAAAAUACAUUGUUUAAAUUGAUUAAUUGUUGUAGCAGGUACAUGUUUUCACUGCAUAAUCUACAACAUUACUGACAAGAGAGAUUUGGAAACGGUAAGUCAGUAAAAUGGCAAAAUAUUAAUGAGUCCUAAAGCUAAGGUGAGGAUUAGCAAACUUCAGCAGAUCUUGGUCUUUUAAAUAUAUGUAUAUAGAAGAGUUUAUAUGGCUGAAAUUUAUAAAUUAUUUCUCCUGUGGAUAUUUCUGGAUCCUGAAGUUGUUUAAAUGUAUAUCUAUAUAUGAGCAUAAGUGCAAACUCCUAAAAAGUAAGACUAUUUUAAAAUGCUUCAUUAACAUAUAAUGAACGGAUAUAGCUACUUUUGUAAUAAAUGUUACCAACUUCCUAAUCAUAAAUGAGCAUAACUGGUAACAAUUAAAAAUCUUAGUUUAUUACAUUCUUAUUUUAAAAACAUGGUUCUGCUUUGAAAAACAAGUCUAUAUAAGAAAUAUCACUUUCUUAAACAGCAAGUUUGUCUGAACUCAGUAUUCUAUCUUCUUACUUUAAUAAAAGCCUGUUUCCAGCUUCUUACUCAUUCUAGUAAUGAACAUUUUAGAAUUUGAGCUGGGGGAGACAAAGACUUCAGUUGAACAUCAAGAAUAUUUGAGUCUGUUGCUCUGAAAUUCAUAUUAAUAAUAUAUGAGUUUAACAUUUAGAUCACAAAUUGACAUUAAAUUUCUAAGAGAACAAAUGCUUAUGUCAGUUCAAACUGAAUGAUUCUGAUUUGAAAGCACUAAUAAAGAAAUACAUAACCCUAUAGCACUGCUUAUAGAAUCACUUCUUUUAGAAAAGAACCACACUUUAUAUGCCAUAUCAUGUUUAGAUUGUAUAAGCAUAACCAGGCUCUAUGCCAUCCAAAAAUAUGGGUGCUUUUUGCUGCUGCUACUUUCUAUAGAAUAAAACAAAAUUAUAUGAGAAAAGAUCUUUGAAAGAAAAAGCCUUAUUCUGGUAAUAAUGGCAUAAUUAACCCUUCAAAUGCCUUAACACACAUCUUUCCUUGGUAUAUGGGCGCUUACUGGUAUCUCUAGUGUGUUUCUGAACUAUUAAUGGUAUUUUGCCUUAAGCAACAAUGCCCUGCUAACCUUGGAGUAUAGAACUGAAGGAGUUUUGGGGGAGGUGUGCAGUUUUUAUUUUUUAUCUUUUUAUAGGGAACAAACUGAAAGGCGGGGUCUUUAAAAACUCCUUUUCAAACUAGUUUUUCUUUCACAUUCUACAAAGAUAUACAAGCUUUCAUCGUCUUAUGGGGAAAAAUAAAGAAAUUUAAACAAAAAAAGAAUAAAAAUCAAGCAUUUGUGCAAAAUAGAUUUAUUUAGUACUGAAGUCAGUGUGACAGGUAUACAUCUGUGUGUGCUGAACUGGAUGAAUGUGUCUAAGCAACACUGAAGGUAGUGAAGAACUUAGCAAAAUGUAGUAAACUUUGCAAUAAUUUUUAAAUAUAAGUGAGGUCAAUAUGUUAAAUCUUUACAUGUGUUUAAAUAUGCACUGUUCCUUCAAGAAACUGAGGGAUUCAUAGAGAGUCGGGGGUGGAGGGGAGGGAGGAUGGUUUAUCAAACAGAAAAAUUACUGCAAGCUAAGUAACUCAGGCUGAUUUCUAUCUUUUUUCAUUUUCAAAUUGAAAUUGUGAGCAUAAAUGUGCAGGUAUUAAAAUACAAAAGAGUUAUUUGAUAAUCCUAUUGUUUUAUGAUCUGAAGAGAAAUUUGUUAGGUUGGAAUUGUUUCCCCUGGACUUGUGGCAUCUAGAACAGUUGGGCCACUGCCUUGACUAAGAUCAUUGGGCACUUCUUUACUACAAAUAAUAAGUAAACCAUCAGGGAUAGGCUUUUUAUUCUAAAUAGUGCACCUUUAACCACUUAUUGAUCCCUUGUGGGGAAGAAAGGGAUAUACCUUCCUGUUUGCAUGUGAACUUCCCUGAAAUACUGCAGGGUCUCGGCGUUACCAAAACCCUGACCAUAGAUGUACGUUAUAUUGAAAUUAUUGGUUUUUAAACAUUUCCCUGCAAGGGAAAGUAUGAGUGAAUUGCAUUAUGACUGUAGACCUUGAAUGAAUAUUAAAUAAACUCUAUGCAUAUCACA